AUGACAAUUACUAGUUUAGAAAGAAUGUCAUAUAAAAAAUUGCGUAAUGCACUGAGACGUACAUAUGGUCAUCAUUUUCUUCAAUCUCGUGUACUACUCAGUUUAAUAGAGGCUGGGAUGAAGAAAUUACCCUUUUGUGAAGCAAUUGAAAACAUUGCACAAUUAGCUAGGAAAUUGGAUAGUAAAUUUCUUACAAAAGAAAAUUUUAAAAUUAUUUUGGUAUUAAUGUCUUCAGAGAUACCACAUAAACUAAGAGAUCGUUAUUUAAGUGAAAUUUGUGCAGAAAAUUCUAAAAUUAAAUCUUUGACAGAUUUAGAUCAAUAA